CUUAGUUAAUAUUUUCCCACUCUUUCUUCAUAAAAGUAAGAGUCUAUACUAUAUAUAAUCCCUUAAUUGCUGAUGACAAGAAUAGAAACCUUCAAGUGUAAUCAUCCAAAGCGAAGUAAUGUCUCUCUUACAGGAUUUCUGGCAAUUCCUCCAACCAUUAUCCUCUACAUUUACAGAGUCGUUAACAACCAGCUGUGACUCCGGCGAGUCAGACCCGUGCCGGGACGAUGCGGCUGCUCUCACCCUCAAGUACGCAGCUAUGGCGUCCAUACUUGUCGCUGGAGCGUUCGGCGUCUCUCUUCCCCUCGUCGGAACCCUCCUCCCGUCAACCGGCGGACUAAUGAGAGGAGCCAAAGCGUUCGCCGCAGGAGUCAUCCUCGCAACAGGGUUCGUCCACAUGCUCUCCGGCGGCUCCGAAGCUCUUUCCGACCCGUGUCUCCCGGAGUUUCCAUGGAGGAGGUUCCCUUUCCCUGAGUUCUUCGCCAUGGUGGCGGCGCUUCUCACUCUGCUGGCGGAUUUCAUGAUCACGGGGUACUACGAGAGGAAGCAGGAACAGCUGAUGAACAGGUCUGUCCAGUCACUUGGUCCGGCUCGGGAUCAGGAGUUUGGAUCGGGUUUAUCAUCGGGUUUUCUGAGGGAUCAGCAGGAAGAUGGUGGGAAGUUGCAUAUCGUGGGGAUGAGAGCCCACGCGGACCAUCACCGUCACAGCCUCUCGAUGGGACCCGAAGGUUUUGAGGCUCUGGCGAAUAGGAGCGGUGUCGCAGGCCAUGGCCAUGACCACGGGGACGUGGGCUUGAACAGUGGUGUCAGGCACGUUGUUGUUUCUCAGAUACUUGAAAUGGGAAUAGUAUCACAUUCAAUAAUAAUAGGAAUAUCACUUGGAGUGUCACAUAGCCCAUGCACCAUACGUCCACUCCUCCUCGCUCUUUCCUUCCACCAAUUCUUCGAAGGUUUUGCCCUUGGUGGCUGCGUUGCGGAGGCUAAACUAACCCCGCGUGGAUCAGCUAUGAUGGCUUUCUUCUUCACGAUUACUACUCCAAUCGGUGUGGCUGUAGGAACAGCCAUUGCCUCAUCUUACAACUCCUAUAGCGUUGCGGCUUUGGUUGCUGAAGGAGUGCUUGAUUCUCUCUCCGCUGGAAUACUUGUCUACAUGGCGCUUGUUGAUCUGAUUGCUGCUGAUUUCUUGAGCAAGAAGAUGAGUGUUGAUUUUAAGCUUCAGAUUGUGUCUUAUUGCUUUUUGUUCCUUGGAGCAGGGAUUAUGUCUGCUCUUGCUAUUUGGGCUUGAUCAGUUUUCACUUCUCUUUUUAAAAACAAGUUUUUAUUGCCCCAUGACAAAACAUCAUUUUUCCUUGUUAAAUAAUAUUUGUGUGUUUCAAAUUUUGAUUUUCGUAUUAUGAAUUGUUGUUUCUUUUUGUCGUUGUGAUUUAUAUAUGAAAAUAGUCAUUGGUGUUG